UUAACCCAUAAAAGUCUCUCUCACCGUUCAUAUCAUAUUUAUAUAUAUUGAUAAGGUGGUGAUAGUGCAGACGUUACAUGCAUUGUAUUGAAACCCAAAGUUUAUUUCUCGAGAAGCAAGCGGAUCAGAGCCUUUCGAUCCAUCUUUAUUACUUUGUUCUCUGUUCUUCUUCAUUUCUUUGUUAAAAAAACAAACCUUUCUCCUCUGUUUUAGAUGGCAAUACAAGCGCAGCUGAGUUACAACGCUCCGUUUAUCGGAACUGGUGGCUCCGAGCUUUCUUUGAUCAACAACGAUGGUGGUAUCGGAAUCAAUCAGUCGUAUAUGAACAACCAGCAAGCUCUGUUUCAUACCCAACAGAACCGUUCUCAGAGCUUUUUCGACGUUCACAUGGAGAAACAGAGGCGAGAGAUCGAUCAGUUCAUCAGAAUACAGAGCGAGAGGCUGAGAUACGCGUUGCAAGAACAGAGGAGGCAAGUGACAGAGACGAUCCUGAGGAAAAUGGAGGCGAAAGCUUUGGUUUUGAUGGCGCAGAAGGAAGAAGAGAUGUCGAGAGCGUUGAGCAAGAACAUGGAGCUCGAGAAUCUGCUGAGGAAGAUGGAGACGGAGAACCGAACGUGGCAGAGAGUGGCUCGCGAGAACGAGGCGAUGGUCGCAACGCUCAACUCGACGCUUGAAAAGGUUCGAGAGAGAGCCGUUGUCAACGAUGCUACAACGGCGGAGGAUGAAGGGUCGUUCUGCGGAGGAGACGACGGAGAUGGUGGUGGUUGUUGCUUGAACUGUGGGUCGUAUGGUGAGACGAGAGUGCUGUUUCUGCCGUGUAGGCAUCUCUGUUGCUGCACGCGUUGCGAGGCUGGUCUAGUUCUCUGUCCGAUCUGUAAUACACCCAAGAAGCAUAGAAUCGAGGCCUUUGUUUUCUAGGGGAAAACAGUUUUACUUCUGCUCUCCGAUUUGUUUUCUGAGUCGGGUGAACGGAGAUGUUUUUACUCCGGGAAGAUGACGUGGCAGGGUGAUUUGGUGUUUUCGAGAAGUUUAGGGGUAAAAAAGUUAAAAGGAAAGUUAGACUAGGAAAGAUAUCCAGAAGUAAAUUCCUAUUUUGUUUGUUUGUUGUUUCUUUUGCAUGGGAAUGAUGAAAUCCAGCUGGAUAUAAAGAACAUAUCAUAUUUUCCUC